AACAGUGCGUGGCAAGGGAGCAAUCAGAUUCCUGCUGCCACCUCCUAAGGAGGUCCUGUGGUUCCCCUACCCUGGCUGGACUCACAGGCUCCUCCCUGCAGUAACGCCCAGGGCUGCAGAGUGACCUCCGUCCUUGGACCUGCACCGGCCCUCAAGGGGCUGGAAGAGACUUCUGGGACCAUGGUUGGACUGAAGCCUUCAGAGGUGCCUCCCACAACGGCUGUGAAAUUCCUGGGGGCAGGCUCGGCCGCCUGUUUUGCUGACCUCCUCACCUAUCCACUGGACACGGCCAAGGUCCGCCUGCAGAUCCAGGGGGAGACCCAGGCAGCCCAGGUGGCCCGGAACAUCCAGUACCGCGGCGUGCUGGGCACCAUCCUGACCAUGGUGCGCACCGAGGGGCCCCGCAGCCUCUACAACGGGCUGGUCGCCGGCCUGCAGCGCCAGAUGAGCUUCGCCUCCAUCCGCAUCGGCCUCUAUGACUCUGUCAAGCAGUUCUACACCCCUAAAGGAGCGGAUCACUCCAGCCUCGUCAGCCGGAUUCUGGCAGGCUGCACCACAGGGGCCAUGGCGGUAACCUGUGCCCAGCCCACGGAUGUAGUCAAGGUCCGAUUUCAGGCCACCAUACACCUUGGCACUGGGAGCAACAGGAAGUACAGCGGAACAAUGGAUGCCUAUAGGACCAUCGCCAGGGAGGAAGGGGUCAGGGGCCUGUGGAAAGGAACUUUACCCAACAUCAUGAGGAAUGCCAUUGUCAACUGUGCUGAGAUGGUGACCUAUGACAUCAUCAAGGAGAAGCUGCUAGACUAUCAUCUGUUCACCGACAACUUCCCCUGCCACUUGGUCUCUGCCUUCGGAGCCGGUUUAUGUGCCACAGUGGUGGCCUCCCCAGUGGACGUGGUGAAGACCCGGUAUAUCAACUCGCCCCCAGGCCAGUACCGCAGCCCCCUGGACUGUAUGCUGAAGAUGGUGGCCCGGGAGGGUCCCACAGCCCUCUAUAAGGGUGGGUCCAUUUGAGGAUGCAGUGAUGAACAGCAGAGAUGUUAAUGCCACAAAGGAAAGUAUCGAGAACUAUGGAAGUUAAAAAAAAAAAAGAAAAAAGGAAAAAAGGAGAGUGAACCAGAUCUAAUUUGGAGAGUCAGGGGAAGCUUAUCUGAGAAAAAGGAGUCUAGGCAAAGUGCUGUCACCACAUUUACUGAGCAGGGGAGAAGGAGGGAAAGGUGGUUGGUGCUCCUGAGACUUUUCCCCAACCCACUGCCACAGCUGGGGAUCACUCCAGAUGGCACCUGAAGUGCCCAAUGUGUGUCACGUUUUCUUGCUUCUGUAUCUUAGCAUUUACUGUUCCCUCUGCCUGGGAUGCCUUUCCCAUGCCAUCUACAUGCUCUAAAUCUUUUUUAAAAAAUAACUUUUUGUUUUUCAAUUAUAGUUGAUAUACAAUAUUAUAUUAGUUUCAGGUGUACAACCCAAUGAUUAGACAUUUAUUUAUUUAUAAGAUUUUAUUUAUUUUAAGAGAAGAAAGAGGGAAAGAGAGGAAGAGAUACAUCAAUGUGUGGUAGCAUCUCGCACACCCCUCACCAGGAACCUGGCCUGCAACCCAGGCAUGUGCCCUACACUGGAAAUCGAACCAGCAACCCUUUGGUUUGCAGCCUGGCACUCAAUCCACUGAGCCACACCAGCCAGGGCUAAUUAGACAUUUAUAUAACUUAUGAAGUCAUCACCCCGAUAAAUCUAGUACCCAUCUGAUACCAUAUACAGUUAUUACAAUAUUAUUGACUAUAUUCUCUAUGCUGUACUUUACAUCCCAGUAAUUAUUCUGUAACUACCAAUUUAGACUUUUUUUCAAACUAACAGUUUCAUUUAUUUAUUUAUAGAGAGAGGGAAAAGGAGAGAGAAAGAGAGCAAAAGAAACAUUGAUGUGUGUAAGAAACAUUGAUCACUUGUCUCUUGCACGAGCCCUGACCUGGGACCAAACCUACAACCCAAACAUAUGCCCUGACUGGGAAUCGAACCAGCAACCUUUUGCUUUGAGGGAUGAUGCCCAACCAAGUGAGCCACACCAGUCAAGGCCCGAUUUGUACUUCUUAAUCCCUUUACCUUUUUCACACAUCCCCUCAACACCACUCUAGCAACCAUCAAAAUGGACAUGCUCUUAAUCUUAGCUGUUCUUCAAGACUAGUUCAAAUGCCACCUCCUCCCCAACACUCUCAAGUACCCUGUGAGCUUCACCAGUACUUCCUUGAUACCACUUGUAUGGGAUUUACCACCUCCUACUUUGUGUUAUAGUAUUUGUAAGUUUAAAUUAUCCACCAUGCUAGAGUGCAAGCUCUUUAAAGCCAAGGACUGGUGGCUUAUACAUCUUUCACCUCCCAAAGUCCCAAGCACAAAGCUAGCACUCAGUACUUAGGUUAUCAACAAUCAUCGUUAUCACUAAGUCUCUGUGUAUUAGGCUUUGAUACAAGGCCUAAUAUAAGCACAUUACAUAUAUUAUGUCAACAGCCCGCUGAACUGGGCAAUAUUUUCCCCAUUUCCUCAGGAAGAGACUCAUAAAUAUCAAGGAACUUGUCCAAGACCACAAAAUUAAAAUGACAGAAUCAUGGCUCAAACCCAGACCAUCAGACACGACAUGUUGUUCAUUGAAUUGCUAAGCUCUUUUCUUAGCCCUCUCACCUCCCACCACUGAUGGUAGUUUUCUGGUGCCCAGCGUUAGAUUGAACUUAACAAGCAAAUAUGUUCUCGGCCCUGGGAAUGACAUCAUCAGUGUGUGUUUCCUUUAACAGAUUGUUCUUUUCCUGUAAGUUCCUCCGCUUCUUACAAUCUUCAGCUGCAGCCACUUGUCUCGGUUUAUUAUUUUACUUGGGAAUCAUUUCCUGAGCAUCUCAUGGGUGCCAGACCUUGUGCUAUGUUUCCCUCAAAGAGCAGCAGACAAGUAUGUUACAUCUACUGAGCAUUUGCUGAUGCUGGGCCCUCUACUACAAGCAGUACAUUAAUCCAUUUAAUCCUCAUAACAACUCUGUGAGGUAGAUACCAUUGUUUUCCUCCUUUUACAGAUAAGGAAACUGAGUCUCAGAAAGAUUAAUUCAACUAAGAUCAUGAAGCUAGAAACUAGUAGAGCUAGGAUUUAAACCCAGAUCUGAUUCCAGAGUUCAUGUUCAGCGCCCUAGUGCUGCUAUACUCCCUGUAGGGCCUUGGCUGAGGGUUCAGGAGAGGCCUUGGUGUGAUGUUAUGGUACCUAGGCUGAUUCCUACAGAGCCAACAGCAACCAGCCAGGCAAGGAGAGUAGGGGACAUUCCAAGCAGAAAGAGCAACAUGGGCAAAGGCAUGGAAAUAAGGGUCUGGCAGGGGCAGAGGGGACCAGAAGGGGGUUAGCAGAGACAGGCUGAAGAGGAGGGCAUGGGCCAGGUCACAGGCUCUUCCCUGAGUCUGCGAAGCACAGCUCAAAUGGGAUUCUCUCCUGGACACGCUGUCACUGGAUAGGUAGGCUCUCCGGAGAUCAGCUGUAUUUGGUGUUACGCCAUCUUUGCCCUGCAGUGCCUCAGCUUCUCAGUGCCCCAGCUUCUUGGUUCCCUGGCAGGUGCCUCAUCUGGGGUGACCAUUCAGGAUGUAAAUGAGCCCAGAAACACCCAGCAGCAGAGUGGGGACAGGUGGUUUAGUAGAGCUACUUAACCCUGGUGGGCCCCCGUUUCUGAAAAAGGCAACUGGCAACAAUCAUAUCUAUGUUACAGAACUGUGAGGAUAACUGCCUGAAAUAGUAACCUGGCUAAAAAAUGUUAGUUUUCUUUCCUGAUUCCAACUUCUGCCUAAGUUCCUUCAGCAGAGAAGAAAAAGACUGAACCGAUCUUAGACAACGCUCAUGACUAACACAAGUUUAGGUCCACUGACACUACCACGGUGGUGGGGAGUGCGCAGCAGAUCUCUUUGGGAACUUAGUCCUGUCCGCCUGAUGUGGUUGUUUUUCU